AUGGGCAGAGAGGAUGAAUGCAAGAAAUAUGAGAAUUGGUACAAUUUAAUUGUAAAGGACCUGGAAAAUGGAAUUAUUGGCACAAUCCAAAAAAUUGAACAAUUAAUUCCUCAACUUUACUCAAAUACAGCAAAUGGCACAGCCAUUAUGGCUGGUUCUACAAUACUUUUUGGCAAUGCUAGUUCUAAGAAUCAAGAAAGAUUGGCAAUGUUUAUGGACGAUUUGCUUGAAUGUAUAUUUAAUGACGUCAAAAAUACGAGUGCUCAAAUGCUUAGAGAAUUUCAAGUUUUUAACCAAAAAAAUAAAAAAAUAAUUAAAUCAAAGAGAGCAAUGAAUGAUCUCCAAUCAUCCCAAACAUUGCUUUUUCGGAAAGAAUUGCCUGAAUAUUUGUCGAAUUUUGAGUUUGGGACAAAAUUUGUACAUGAAAACUUUGCUCAAAUAAAUGUUUUUCUUCACAAAAUGAAUGUUGAACAUUGGCGACAAGAGCCAACAUAUAGCAUUUGGAGCUUUUUUUGUGAUAUUGGAGCAACAAUGAGUCUUUUCCUCGGAGCAAGCAUGUUAACAAUUAUUGAAGUCUUAUAUUUUGUUUUGAGCAGUUCACGUAUUUAUAAGACAAUAGAAGUGUGGAGACAACAAAAAUUCACUGGAAACAAUGAACAAAUAAAAAAGACAAAAAUGAUAAACAAAAAGUAA